UCCGUUUUGAGUGCUUGUCCAGUUGCCGAGUGCCUGUGUGAGGAGCUGACACCAUGAGCCGUAGCUACAAUGACGAGUUACAGUAUCUGGAUAAGAUCCACAAGAACUGCUGGCGGAUCCGCAAGGGCUUCGUGCCCAAUAUGCAGGUGGAAGGAGUGUUUUAUGUGAAUGACCCAUUGGAGAAGCUGAUGUUUGAAGAGCUCCGGAAUGCCUGCAGGGGAGGAGGCGCGGGCGGUUUCCUUCCUGCAAUGAAGCAGAUUGGGAAUGUGGCAGCUUUACCAGGAAUUGUUCAUAGGUCUAUUGGACUACCUGAUGUCCACUCUGGAUAUGGCUUUGCCAUCGGAAAUAUGGCCGCCUUUGAUAUGGAUAACCCUGAUUCAGUUGUGUCCCCAGGUGGUGUUGGCUUUGAUAUCAACUGUGGUGUCCGUUUGCUGCGCACAAACCUUGAUGAGGGUGAUGUGCAGCCUGUGAAGGAACAGCUUGCACAAUCCAUGUUUGACCAUAUUCCUGUGGGAGUUGGAUCUAAGGGGGUCAUCCCCAUGACUGCUAAGGAUCUUGAAGAAGCUCUGGAGAUGGGAGUAGACUGGUCCCUGAGGGAGGGCUAUGCCUGGGCUGAGGACAAGGAGCAUUGUGAGGAAUAUGGCAGGAUGUUGCAGGCAGAUCCCAACAAAGUGUCUUCUAAAGCAAAAAAGCGAGGUCUGCCUCAGUUGGGUACACUUGGGGCCGGAAACCAUUAUGCUGAGAUCCAGGUGGUGGAUGAGAUUUAUGAUGAGUAUGCUGGAAAGAAAAUGGGAAUUGAUCACAAAGGACAAGUCUGUGUAAUGAUCCACAGUGGCAGCCGAGGUCUGGGGCAUCAAGUGGCAACAGAUGCAUUGGUAGCCAUGGAAAAGGCAAUGAAGCGGGAUAAGAUUAUUGUGAAUGACAGACAGCUGGCAUGUGCUAGGAUCUCCUCCGCUGAGGGGCAAGACUAUCUGAAGGGUAUGGCCUCUGCAGGCAACUAUGCAUGGGUCAAUCGCUCCUCCAUGACAUUCCUCACCAGACAGGCCUUUGCUAAAGUGUUUAACACAACCCCAGAUGACCUUGACAUGCACGUUAUCUAUGAUGUGUCUCACAACAUUGCUAAGGUGGAGCAACACGUGGUAGAUGGGAAAGAGAAAACACUGCUGGUGCAUAGGAAAGGGUCUACACGUGCCUUCCCACCCCAUCACCCUCUCAUUGCUGUAGAUUAUCAAUUGACAGGCCAGCCUGUACUGAUUGGCGGCACUAUGGGAACCUGCAGUUACGUUUUAACUGGAACUGAAAAAGGAAUGACUGAGACGUUUGGUACAACCUGCCAUGGAGCUGGAAGAGCUCUUUCUAGAGCUAAAUCCAGGCGCAACUUGGAUUUCCAAGAUGUUUUGGACAAGCUGGCUGACAUGGGAAUAGCAAUUAGAGUAGCAUCUCCAAAACUGGUUAUGGAAGAGGCACCUGAAUCUUAUAAGAAUGUCACAGAUGUAGUUAACACCUGUCAUGAUGCCGGCAUCAGCAAAAAAGCCAUUAAACUGCGACCUAUAGCUGUUAUUAAGGGCUGAGCAGAUCCUUUAAAGAUGCAGAACUGAGCAUAAACUGACAGGAACAUCACAACCUAACCUGGUUUGGGCCCAACAAGACCCUGAUUAUCCCCGGAGAGAGAUUCAUCUUAUAUCUCUGUAUACCGUAAACCCUUCAUAAUCCCAUUCAGCUUUGUAUUAAUGUGAGAGAGCCGUGAUCAAGGACUCUUUUUGGAAUUGAAGAAAUGAUCAACCAACAUAUUAGUUUUGCAUUUUUCUUCUGUUUACUGAGAUCUUUCUAUUUAAUUUUGGAAUUGCUUCUAACAUUCUCUUAUGAUGUUACAAACUGUCAUUCCCCCGGCACCACAAAACAUAAUUUAAAGGGACAUUCUAGAUCAUUAGUUUAAGCAUGAAAUGUUUGCAUUAUCAGUACUUCAACUUUCUGUUAAACCCCAGCAAGUGCUAAACACAGUUAACCCCUUAACAACCACGGCAUACCCUGGUCGUUGAGGGUUUUUCAGGUCAUAGUGUGGGUCUUGCCGUGAGUGGCAGGACUGUGCUAUUAUGACCUCCUAGAAUAAGGAGAAAACAGGUGUAAUAUUUCCUGCGCUGAGUGUUUGUAUGCUCUCAAAACCACAAAAAUUCCCCUCUGGAACUUUGGGGGUGACUUCCUGGAAUAGCACAGUCUUGCCACUGGCUGCGAGACAGCAAUAUAAAACAACAAUCCCCAUUCAAAGACAUUAAGAGGUUAAAGGGACAUGAAACUCAAAAUUAAACUUCCAUGGAUCAAAUAGAGAAUGUCAUUUUAAUAGACUUUUGAAUUUACUUCUAUUAUCGCAUUUACUUUCUCUUGGUAUUUUUUAUUAAAAAGCAUACCAAAGUAAGGUCAGGAGCCGCAAUGCACUACUGGGAGCUAGCUGGUGAUUAGUGGCUAUGCCAUUUGUCAUUGGCUUACCAGAUGUGUUCAACUAGUUUCCGAAGUGCAUUGCAGCUAUUUACCUGACUUAAGUAUGUGUUUAACCUCUUUCCAUGGGUUAAACACACAGUUAUACACGAGCAAUAGUGCAAUAAUAAAAUACUGAAGCACA